CAGCGUACGCACGCCAUCGUGAGUGUCUUUUCGAAAAAUCUCACAUCGUAUCGUAAUCGUUCAAGCACACGACUGUUUCACGCUCACGCACCUGCGAUCUCUCGUGGAGACGAAGGACGCGAUGCCGCAUAACAUCUAUUACUCGGAUAAGUACUACGACGACCAGUACGAGUACAGGCAUGUCGUCUUGCCAAAAGAGCUGGUGAAACUAGUACCAAAAACUCAUCUGCUAUCUGAACAAGAAUGGAGAGCCAUUGGUGUUCAACAGAGCCAAGGAUGGGUGCAUUACAUGAUUCAUGAACCUGAGCCACACAUUCUGCUAUUCAAGAGGAAAAUAACAACACAGGAGGAAAAAUAAGCUGGACGGAAUUAUUAUGUUAAUUUGUAAAUAAUACAUCAGAUCAUGUUUACAUUCAUAGCGGAACUCACUUGUGAUUGUAAACCAUGUAGCUUUGUCUGCUUCCGUUCUUCUUCUUUCUCUGUGUCUCAUUGCCUGUUUAACAAUAUAUAAUUUAUGCUUAAAAUACGAUGCUUACUCUGUAAAUCUGAAUUGGUAAAUCACAUGAAACAUCAUUAUCAAAUUCCGCAAAGUAACAUACAACAUGGUCAUGGUCUCUGUCAUCUGUUCUACUUCGCUCUGCCAUUUGUAAAAAAAUGUCAAGCAAGUAUACUGUAUAUAUGUCUAUAGAAUGUCUUAGUUUUUAAUUUUAUCGUCAUAAAUUCCUUUUCGUUUUUCAAUCUUUCAUAUUGGAAUUUCUAAUGAAUUUCACGACGCUGAACAAAGUUAUUGAUAAGAAAAUAAUUAGUUAUCUUCGAAGGUUGCAGUUCUAAGGCGACGUAAUAUUUAAAAUAUUGUAUUAAGGAGAAUAAUAUCCUUGUACUUUCUUGUGAUUGCAGUGCCUUACAGGAACUUAUCCUAAGAAUUUCGGUUAAAUUAAGGUAUUUAAAAUAAUCGUUCCUCGAGUCUAACGAUUAACAGUAUUAAUGUAAUAUAUAUGUAUAGAUGUAUCCUUUAUGCUUCUUUCUUUUGAAAGUACACAGUCUUUAAAUUUACACUCAGUUUUCAAAUCGAAGAUCUUCGUCAAUCGUCAUUUAUGAUUAAUUGGCUUAAAAAUCACAAGCGGUGAUAAAAGAAAAGAGAACGUUCGAUCUUUCUCACUAAAUCCCACCUGUAUGAUGCGUCGGAACAAUAGCUGAUUGUAAGAGCCGAAAGCGAAUCGUAAUCAAUGGUAAAUUUAAUUUUCUGAUCUCGAGCGAUCAGCGCAGCAAUCAUGAGAUUAACGCCUCUAUUGUCAAUUGGAUGUAACACCGUUCGAAUAUUUAAGAAGGCAUAUAACGUUUUGCGACUUAUUCAGUUACAAAUGUAUUUUAGGAUCUGGACUUUGGUACUAGUUACAUGCCUACCCUUUGUUUGUUUCUGCGUUUUCUUGCUUCGAGCAAUUUUAUGUAUCGUAUACAAUUCUCGUACCUUGAUAUAUUAAGUUUGUAUGCUCGAAAUUUCUAUUACGAUGUAAUUUACGUUCUAACAUCACGUAUGCUUGACGUUUGAUAAUAAGCGAUUUUGGUUUGCUUUUAAAAACAGGAGAAAAGUAUGUACUGCUAAUAAUAUGUUAAAUAAAUUGAUUUUGCAUUUUUUAA